AACACCAUUGUAGAUACACCAAAUUUAGUUGUUUUUUUUUUUUAGUUUAGUUUCAUACAGCUAAAGCACAGUGAGGUUGCUAAGUUAGCUUAUUUUAGCUAGCGAGGAUAGCUUAGGCAACUGACAGUGCCUGGUUAGCUAACUUGUGAGAGUGGUGAGUUAAAAAGAAAAGCAUUUUGUGAGUUUUCAUUUUUGCAAUGGUGUUGUGAUAAGAACACCAAAGUUACUUGUGGCGCAUAAUGCAUUAGGGCGCGACCACGCUGUACGCGUUUCGUCUCCUUUUGCGCAUCCUGUAUUUUAGUUAAAUGCGGUAACGUUAGCUAGCAGGUGGGCUAAAGAAAGCUUCAUAUCUGAAGCUUCAAUUGUUUUGUUCGUCCAGCUAGCAAAGCUAUCUUUGUUGGCUUUUAAUGGGGGAGAGAGUGUGUGCUUUCAUAGUCAACUAAAAUGAGUAAAAUAGAAUGAUAUGCGGAAUUUUGCGCUGCAAUGAAAGUCGUGUUGCGUAACUAACUUGCCGGAGACUUCAAACAAAUAAGACUGGCCAUCUGGUGCUGUUAACACACCCAGGCACCAUUAGUGCAGUAACUUCAGGGUUGGUGAUAGUAAAAGCGGCUGAUAAUAUGUUCUCAGCCGGCUUGCAUUUCAUGCCAACCCGUGGAUUUGAUGUUGUCAUUGAGGCCCUUUAUCCCAAGUAACGUUAGAAGUAAUGGGAAGUGUUGUUUUGCAUGGUGAAACUGGCCCGUUUUACAUUACAAGGUGCCCACAUUCUGCAACUGAGGAGCAAGCCCCAGGAUGAGGAGAGGACAGUAGGUGCCCUGCAUAGCAUGGCCGCGUCUCGCUCAUCGCGCGUCACCAGGUCAUCCGUGGGGAUCAAUGGACUGGACGAGAACUUCUGCCGCCGCACGCUCAGGAACCGCAGCAUCACCCAGCCGGACGAGGCCUUGCCGGCGCCCCGCGCUCGCUCCCCGAAGAAGCGCCAGGACGGGGACAAGCCCCAGAGCGGCCAUGGGGAGGGUGGGGGCGGGGGUGCUGCUGGUGCCGGCACGGGCCCGGGCAGGAAACGAGGCCUCUCCUGCUCCGAGAAGGAGGAGUCGGAGCGGACGGAGAACUGCGAGCGGCUGCGGCCGCCGGCCACAAGAGCGACGGACGGGUCGACGGAGAGCUCCCCGGCCCUGAAGAAGCCCAAGCGCUGCCCUCGCUCAGCCGAGACGGGGGCAGUGGGAGCAGCAGCCGGAGGAGGAGGAGAAGAGGAGACCCCGUCCCCUGCUGCUGCUGCUGCUGCUGCUGACAGACCUUCGCUGGAGAGCCCCAGGCCCUGCUCCCCACUAACGGACAAAGACAAAGAUGAGUCUCCCAGCGGUGACGCACCCGUCUCUGUUCUGCCUCCCCCGAGCCUCUGCACAGAGGAGGAUCAGGCGGAGAGAGGUGGGAAAGAGACUGAGCCAGUGAUGGUGGCACUGGUGGAGGAGGUGGAGGAGGAGGUGAGGGUGCCCUCCCCAGCCCCGUCCCCACCACCUCCCCAGCCCAAGGAGGCCCACAAGGCCACCAACGGCCUAGGGGAGAUCCACAGGGAGGAGGCUCCCAUGCCGGACGGUGUCCCUGCUCAAGCCCUCCCCCCUACGCUGUCGUCGUUGCCCACUAUGUUCCCUAAGCCAGCCCCCAGCACCCCUGCGCUGCUUAAUGGCAGCCAGGCCCUGGGCCCCUCCUCCCCAGAGCCCCUAGUGCCUUGUAGAAGCCCCGUCUCUGAGCAGACAGAGCCCCCCUGUUUCUCCUCCUCCAUCACCACCUCCUCAUCGUCUUCCUCCCUCUCCAUCACCCAGUUGCCCGUUGUGGAAAGCAAUGGCUCGGACGAGGCCUCCUGCAGCCAGCCCCAAGCCCUCAGGGAGCCUGAGCUGGAGGUGGUGGAGGUGGACGUGGUGGGUGAGGAGGGGGGCGAGGUGGAGUCCUGCCCUGUUCAGGAGGAGCUGGCGUUUCCCGUGCCAGACGAGCUGGAGCCUGGAGAGGUGGUGGUGGUAGAGGGCCAGGUCAGCAGCACCAACGGCGGCCUGUUGUCUACCACCACCGAGCUGCCUGAGGCCUCCGAGGACGAUGACGAGGAGGAGGACAGUUGCGGUCUUGAUGGGGCCUUGGAUAUCUCAGGAGACAUGAUGACCGUGACUACAGCGGCGGCAAUGCCGUCCAACUUGGGCUCGUGUUCUGUGCCCGUCUGCGAGCCCCCCUCCUUCACAGAGCCGCACGAACACCGCUACGCCCUGAGGACUUCCCCUCGCCGCGCCGCCUGCCGGCCCAGCUCCCCCCACAGAGACCGGGACGACCCUCCAGCCUCAUCCCCCGUCCCGUCCCCCACCACACCCACACCCACAACGCCCCACCUGGAGAUGCCAUCCAGCUGCUUCCGACUGGAGGCAGCACCCACUGGUGGUCCGGAGGCCUCCUGCAGGCCGGGCGGCGGACUCUCGGAGCCUGUGGGGGCCAAAGCGUUUCCGGAGGUGGCGGUGGCAGCAGCGGCAGCAGUGUUUGACAGCAGAGCGCCCCGCUCCACCAAAGACUCAGCUGCGGAGGAAGAGGAGGAGGAAGAGGAGCCAGAUGUCUACUACUUUGAGUCGGACCACCUGGCUUUGAAACACAACAAAGAUUACCAGAGGCUGCUGCAGACCAUCAGUGUGCUGGAGGCUCAGAGGACCCGAGCCAUCCUGGACCUGGAGGCUCUGGCCCGCCACCAGAGGGAGGCGAUGUCCAACCCCAUCACCUUCGUGGAGCAUCUGCAGAAACAGGUGGAGUUGGGGCUGCCCUGCCCCCAGAGAGUGGUCCAGCUCCCAGAAAUUGCAUGGGACCAAUACACCUCGGGCGUCGGGGACUUUGAAAGGGAGUUUUGUGACAAGAAGCGCAAAACCAGACAGUUAAAGCUCAUAUACGAGAAAGUGGGUUUACCCAUUCGACCAAAAAGUCCUUUGGAAUCCAAGAAGGAGAGUGACUCGUCUGGGCUCUACUCAUCUCUGCCCUCCAGUGACGCUCCGGAACAAAGCCUCUCCAGCAGCAGAUCACAGAUGAUCAGAGGGAGGGUGUGUCAUCAAAAUAAGCCAGACACUUUCAACCAGCUGUGGACCGUGGAGGAACAGAAAAAGCUGGAGCAACUGCUGGUGAAGUUUCCCCCAGAGGAGGUGGAGGCAAAGCGUUGGCAGAAGAUUGCAGACGCGCUGGGCAACCGGACGGCCAAGCAGGUCGCCAGCAGAGUGCAGAAAUAUUUCAUCAAACUGACGAAGGCCGGCAUCCCUGUACCUGGAAGAACACCUAACCUAUGCAUGUACAGCAAGAAAGCCUCCAGCAAGAGACACCACCACCUGAACAAGCACCUGUACCGGCCCUCCACCUUCCUGACCUCCUAUGAGCCGCCUGUCUACAUGGAUGACGAGGACGAGCGCUCCAGCUUCAAUAGCCUGCAGGACCCCACAGCAGAUGACUCAGAUGAGGAGGGCGUGCCGGUGGAGUACCGGCACCUGCCAGAGUACAAGGAGCUGCUGGAGCUGAAGCGUCUGAAGAAGCAGAAGCUGCAGGAGAUCCAGGUGGAGAGCACCGUGGUGCAGCACAUGGGCUACAAGUGUGACGUGUGCGGCAUGGAUCCCAUCCAGGGGGUGAGAUGGCACUGUCAAGACUGCCCGCCGGACUGUGCCGUUGACUUCUGUGGUAACUGUUCGGAUUGUGUGUACAAAACGGAGACCCACAAGCCCACCCACCGGCUGGAGCCGGUCUACCAGGCCGAGAGCUUCCUGGACAGAGACUACUGCCUGCCACACAGCACCGGCUACAACUAUCUGGACCCCAACUACUUCCCCGCCAACAGAUGACAGCAGCCGGGGCAAAGCAGUGAAUCCAGGGCUAGGCCGCAGCCCCCAGGGCUUUCUGUGCAUGGCUCCCUCCUCCAACUCCAACGCUUAGUCUGGGCAGGGGGGACAGCAGCCGCAGCAGCAGGAUGGGGAGGCACAGAUGGGUGACACCAGCCCUCCACCCCCCCUUCCUCUCACAGACCCCUCCCAAAAACACCCCAACCCCCUCACCCCACUCCCCCCACCCUUCUCCUUGGCAAAAGGGUUACGGUGCUGCCCAACAGGGUGGGAGGGUGUACCGUAUUGCACCUCGCCACGGCCAUUGUCGGAAGUUAACAGGUCACUGUAAUCUACACACUAUUUAACGAAUGAAAAGAAAACGUGGAAAAAAAGAAUGAAGGAACAAAAGAAAAGAGAGAGGGAAAAAAGGAAAGGCACAGCCACCCCCCCCAACCCCAAACAACCUGAGACGUUAGAUGGCUCCCUGUCUCCUUCCCCCCCAUUCCUCUUCCCUUGUGCUUGUUUUUCAGCUGGUAAAGUGCUGGUGAAGCUCCAUUUGGUCAAGUCAAUCUUGGGCCCAGUAGGCCACCAUACUGUACCUGUACCUGUACCUGUACCUGUGCCUCAGUGUGUGGGGACAGGCCAGGGGAAGGUCCUGGGCUUUGCUAACCAGAGUGCAAAAUGGUGUAGCUAGAUGUCUGUAGUUGAAUAUUUAUAACUGACGCUUUCUCUGUGUGAGCUCUAUCUCUCGUUAUGAGUUAGGAAAAAAAAAAAAGAAAAUUAAUGAAGAAAAAAAGCAAGCAACAACAAUGGAAAACAGAACAGGAUCUUGGUGCUGAGACUGUUGUCUUUGAUUCAUACCAGGUCUUUAACAUAAGCACUGGGGAGGUCUGCAAACGUCAUACUGGUCCUCAGAGGCAAAAGCCCUUCAGUAGGGGCCUUGUGACUUGGCCUUGUACCAGGGGCUGCCACUUUCACUAAAAAAAAGCUGCUCUUUCUUUUUUUUCCUUUCUUUCUUUAUUUGGUCCUCACACAGUGUUGUCUCUUCAUUUACAUGUUGACCCAGUAAAUCCUCUCCAUUGAAGUCCGUUUUUAGUUUCCAACCAUGAAGCACUACAGCAUGGAGCACUCACCUGUGGAAGAGGGCUCAUGAGAGAGUUGACGUAUGGAAUCCAAAAGUUUUUUUUUUUUUUGUCUCUUUUCUUAUCAGUGUGUGUACUGUCGUUUAUCAUGUGGAGUGUAUAUAAAAAAAAAAAUAUGGUGAAAGUAGCCAUUGGUAGUUGCUGUGUGCCAUGAUUAUUUUUUAUUUCCUUAUUUCUGGAGAGUUCCCCUCUGACUGUGUCCGCUGGUCAAGAUGACACGGUGACUAGUGACCUCUUCCAUACAAACCAGCCACCCCCCAAAUCAUCACAUCUUUAGAUCCUUCUCAUUUUGCAGCAGUUCCCCUCACGCUCCAUUGAGAAGAUUGUAUUUUUAUUAACCUAUUUAAAAAGAAAAGAAAAAAAUUGAAAAGAAUUGAAGGUGGAGAUGGUUGCCACCGACAGUGGUACACCCACAUUAUUUUAUACACAUAGAUUUUGUUGUGCUUCGAGUAGGCCAUUUUGUAUGGGUUUUGUUUUUGUCCCUCUCCCUCGUACCUUCACCUGCUUCAAUAUCUGUGUAUAACAGUCUGUUCUUAAAUAAUGUAAAAAAACCUGUUAGAGGAGAACUGUGGAAAUAAAAGUAUGUGAAAAGUCUUUCUA